AUGGCGACGUUUGCGGAGUCCCUGUUGAGUUUACGCCGUGCCUAUCUGAGCGGGAAGACCCAGUCAGUGGAGUUUCGCAUCACCCAGCUCCGCUCGCUGAUCACUCUCCUUCAGGAUAAUGAAACGGCACUGCUCGAUGCUCUCGACCAGGAUCUGCGCAAGCCUAAGUUUGAGGCAAUGAUUGCUGAGAUUGCGUUUGUGAAAAACGAGGCGAUUUCUGCAAUUAACAACAUCAAAAGCUGGGUCGCUGCCGAGUUUGUGGAGAAAACGUUCGUAACCAAGCUGGACCAAUGUUUUAUCCGGAGGGAGCCGUUCGGAGUGGCCCUGAUCAUCGCAGCCUGGAGUCAGCCCAUCCAGCUGCUGCUGACCCCCUUGGUUGGAGCCAUCGCUGCAGGGAACUGCGUGGUCCUCAAACCUUCGGAAGUGAGUGUCAAUACAGCGGCUCUCCUGAACAAACUCAUCCCCCAGUACCUGGACAAGGAUUGUUUUGCUGUGUUCACUGGAGGACCAGCCGAGACGAGGAAACUUCUGCAGUAUAAGUUUGAUUAUAUCUUUUAUACAGGGAACAGCACCGUCGGGAAGCUCAUCAUGAAAGCUGCUGCGGAACACUUGACGCCUGUCACAUUGGAGCUGGGAGGGAAGAAUCCAUGUUACAUAGACCAGAGCUUUAGCCUGGAGAGCACGGUUCAUCGCCUGGUCUGGGGCCGUUUCUUUAACACUGGCCAGUGCUGUGCCUCUCCAGACUACGUGCUCUGCUGUAUAGAGGUUCAAGAGCAGCUCGUCCCUGCCAUCAAACAGUGUCUGAAGAGAUUCUACGGGGCGGAACCGAAAGAAAGUGCCGACUAUGGAAGAAUAGUCAGCGAUCAGCACUUUCAUCGUCUGCAGCAACUCCUCAACGCUGGUCAGGUGGUGAUAGGAGGCGACACUGAUAAACAGGACAGAUAUUUCGCUCCCACAGUCCUGGUGGAUGUAAAGGAAUCAGAUGCAGUAAUGCAGGAGGAGGUUUUCGGUCCAAUUCUGCCCAUAAUCAACAUCAAUUCCAUGGAGGAAGCCAUCGCCUUCAUCAACAGGCACCAGAAGCCUCUGGCCAUCUAUGUUUACGCCACAAACAUUAAGGUGGUGAAUGAAAUGUUGGAGAAAACCAGCAGUGGGGGCUUCUGUUCCAAUGACAACAUGGUGCAGAUGACUCUCAACACAUUACCCUUCGGAGGGAUCGGUUACAGUGGGUUCGGGGCCUACCAAGGGAAGUUCAGCUUUGACACGUUCUCCCACCAGCGAGCAUGUCUGCUGAAGAAUGUUGGGAUGGAAAAGGUCAAUGCUACCCGUUACCCUCCCUACAAUGAACAAAAACUCACCUGGCUCCUUUGGGCCACUGACAUCAAGAAGAGAGAAUGUAGCUGUCAGCUGUUGUAG